CCAAUCCACACCUUUACCUCAUUCAUCAUCCAUUCUAUAAAAAAUAUCAUUUGUGUGUCUCUCCUUUGAUUCCCUUCAAAACACAUACAAAUUACGUAAAAGAGAAACUAAUCAAUCUCUUAGAAAUGGCCACAGUCACUUCCACCACCGUUGCUAUUCCAUCAUUCACAGGCCUUAAGGCAAACGCUAACAAAGUUAGUGCCAUAGCUAAAGUUUCAAAUUCAACUUCCCAAUUGCCAAGGCUUGGUGUAAGAGCUUCACUCAAAGAUGUCGGUGUUGCUGUUAUUGCCACUGCUGCAAGUGCAGUGCUAGCCAGCAAUGCCAUGGCCAUUGAAGUUUUGCUUGGUGGUGAUGAUGGGUCAUUGGCUUUUGUUCCCAACAGUUUCUCUGUGAGUCCUGGGGAGAAGAUUGUGUUCAAGAACAAUGCUGGUUUCCCUCACAACGUUGUGUUUGAUGAAGAUGAGAUCCCAAGUGGGGUUGAUGCAACGAAAAUUUCCAUGUCUGAAGAAGACCUUCUUAAUGGACCUGGUGAGACUUACACCGUUACUUUGGAUGCUAAGGGAACCUACAAGUUCUACUGUUCACCUCACCAAGGAGCUGGUAUGGCUGGAAACGUCACUGUUAAUUAAAUUAUAAUGUUUUGUCUCCUAUUUAUAAUAUGGUUCUUUCAUGUUAAUUUUGUUCUUGUAGAAGAGCUUAAUUAAUCGUUUGUUGUUAUGGAAUACUGUUGUAUGAGAUGAACUGAUUUAAUGUAAUUCAUUUCCUUAAGUGGAGUCAGAACGUUUCCUCCUUAA